CCAAAUUUCUCAUCAUCUCAUGCUUAAAUAUUAUCUUUUUGAAGUCUAUGCUCUGCCUUUAUUCUUCUUGAUGAGCAAUAGGUGAGUCAUGCAACAAAAAGUCGAAUUCAAUCACCACAUCUAUACCCCUUUAAAUACCAUUUGCCAAAUACAAGAUUCAUCAAUCAUCACAAAGCAUCUCUUCCUUGAUCAUAGAAGCUGAAGAAACAUUCAGCAGCAUAUACAAGAAAAGAAAAGAAUUCCAUUUCAUUCAUCAAAAAAUGAAGAAUCAGCUUCUUGAACAAGUUAUUGGAGCUCCAAUCAGAUCAACAGCAUAUCGAGUUGAAAGAGCGCCAAGGCGGUACUUACCUGAUGCUGCUGGCCAAUACCGCAUUUCAUCUUCUGCAGAACGGUCUACCACAUUUAGAAAAAGCAAAGGAAAUUUUGUACUUAAAAGGAUGAAUAAGCUGGGGAAGAAAGCUGAUACUUUUGCAAAUGGAAUCCGAGAGCAUGUGAGGCUGGGGCCAAAGAUCACUGAAACUGUGAAGGGAAAGUUGAGUUUGGGUGCAAGAAUUCUUCAAGUAGGAGGAGUGGAGAAAAUUUUCAAACAAUUAUUUUGUGUCAGAGAAGAAGAGAAGCUGUUGAAGGCAUGUCAAUGCUAUUUAUCAACAACAGCAGGUCCUAUAGCCGGUCUACUUUUCAUCUCCUCCGAAAAGGCUGCCUUUUGCAGUGACAGAUCAAUCAAAAUCCCUUCCCCUAGUGGAGAAUUGCUCAGAGUCCAUUACAAGGUUUUGAUUCCACUUGAGAAAAUAAAGGGAGUUAAUCAGGGUGAAAACAUGAAGAAACCAUCGCAAAAGUACAUGGAAAUUGUGACAGUAGAUGAUUUUGACUUCUGGUUUAUGGGCUUCUUGAAUUAUCAGAAAGCUUUCAAAUAUCUUCAGCAGGCAAUCUCCCAAAGACUAGAUGAUGUACAAGUCACUUUCUAGGUGGCUUAGAAAUGUUUCUCCUAUGCUUCAUCAGAUUGUUUUGUUGAUGAAAUGAGGAUAAAAUAUCAGUCUUACAAUUGUAAAAAAGUUUUUCUUAAUGGAAUAUCUGCUCCUUAAUUCUUCAAUCCUGUUGCCCCCAGCUGUUUCCCGUGAUAAUUUUUUUUUUCUUUUUCAUUUUUAGUUCCCAACCAAAUCCUGGUUUCUUCAGUGGGUGCCUGAUAAAAAGAAAUAAUUAAAAGAGGAAAAAGGAAUUCUUCAGU